UCGCAGCGGUCAUUAAUUUUCUCGAUUAAUUCGGAUACCCGAAGCCGUUAUUGGAUAUCGGGCACCCGGAGAAAUUCCGGGUCGGGUCGAUAGCCCACCCUAGUAGAAAUAGCAAAAAUGCAAAAUUGAGGGGGCGAGGGGGAAGGGGAAAAUUCGACUAAGGAAGACAAUGAGUCAAAGGAAAUCUGUGAGCGGAAGGCCGUCGGGAACUGAUGGUUCUGAUUUUUCUUACCGGAUGGUUGUCGAUUCCAGAUAUCAGAAGGUUGCGGAUGGAAAAUCACGUCUAGGUUCACUGAUCUUCGCCCAGGGCUUUAUUCAAUUUCUAGCUGCUGUUGUUUUAUACUUAUCUGCAGUAGAAGGGGGCACACUUGAUAGGCUUUCUGUUGCUUCGAGCGCGGUUUACUUUAUAUCUCUCUUGAUGGGGGAAUUAGGGCGAAAGCGCAGCCGAACUGGCCUUUUGAAGGUGUAUUUGUUAGGAUCAUCAGUUGGUGUUCUUGUAUCCAUUGUUUGUCUUCUUAAAAGUGGAAAAUCACUCGAGAUUAUCAAAGAUUUGAGCAAAUGGGAGGCCACAAAUCUCGAACUCUUCAAGAUUGCUGCUGUUUUACUCGGCUCGCUGUUGCAGAUACUUGCAGUGAGCACGACAACCUCUCUCAUCGGCAAUAUGGCGCCUCCCAAGAGAGCGUCAUGAAUGAAUUUCUAAGCUUUUGCUUGGGAAUCAACCGGCGAUUAUCUUUUUUCAUUUAUUACAAGUCCUUUAUUCUCUUGUGCGAUCCAUUUACGUUUAUUUGUUUCAGACAAAAUUUUGUAGACUAUUUGUGUUAACCUAGAAGAACAUUUGAUUGAUAUAGUUGCAACAAUGGAUCGCGAAACUGCAUUAUAAAACACCGUGUAUUCUAAUCAUGUUUUAGUCGAUGCAUUUUGUCGCAUAUUUAUGCA